UGUCAUUUAUAUUGUAUUUUUAUAGUAGAUACUAUAGCGCCAUCAGCAACAACGGUUUCUAAUUCAACUGAGGCUACUGCUGUGCCAACUAUAAUAAUGAAUAAUGGAGGAAAUAUUGCUGGAUGGAUAGUUGUUGUGAUAGUAUUAAUAUUAUUAUUGGCUGUAUCUAUAAUUAUUAUAUUAAUACUGGUCAUGUACAUAAAAAGAAAUAAUCUUAAUCAAAAGAGAAAAUCAGAUAAUGACAUUGUAAUGGAGUGCAGUCCAGCUUAUGCUACAACUGAAUUUAAAACAAAUACUGCUGAUGAUAUACUAAUGAAGGAUAGUCCAGCAUACAGUACAGCACAACAAACACAAUCAACUGUUGAGCCAGUGUAUGAUACAGCUAAUUAUGAAUAUGAUACUCCCCUUCCACCACCUUCUACUGAAUAUGAAAUACCAACUGUGACUGAUUUAUAACUUUGCUAGUGUACAAAUUAUCUAUAUAGUACACGUUUUAUAUAAUCUUGGCUAUAAGUGUACCAUAUUGUUGAUUAGAUUUUAUUUGCAAUAUUUUUUUGCGAGACUAA